AUGACAUGGAAGAACUGUACCAUUUGUGAUGGAGCGAUUGAGAAUGACAGACAAGACGAUGCGACAAAUUCCCCUCAAAAAACAGUCAAUUACCACGAAGCGUCGGCAACGCGUCAAUUCCGUAUCGCGAUAAUCACGAAUUGCCAAGAGGUUCUGGAGAACAACGAGAACAACGAAAGUGAAGGAAAUCUCGAAAAUCGGCUCACGAGAACAGUGAAUUUCUACGUUGAUAUGUCGGAGCUCGUCAUCAUUUGCCCUUUUUUCGAAAGAUUCAAAGAGCUGAAUUGUCUGGAUAUUACAACGAACUGCACUGACUCGUGGAUUUCUGCACCUCCGAGUGUGGCGGCAUCUCGUGAAGACUGCUACCAUGACUACAAAGCACCGGUCAAUGCACACCAUUUUCAUGCUUUCUUGGAAUCCGCGUGCCCAUCACUUUAUGGAAUUCGUCCCGCUCCAAUCACACUUGAUAGCAUUAUUCCUGUUCUCGAUAUGCUUUCUCACUUCCACAGCGAACCAUUGCUUACUAAUUGUGAGCGAUUCUUGAUGUCAACUAAUAUUGGACAACUUGAUGGAUCAAUGUUAGUUCGUUUGCUUGACAAAGGACUGUGUGUCAGUUUGGAUCAUCGAAUUCUCGGAAGAAUUAUAUGUGUUUGUCUCUUGAAUACAGCGACGAAAAUGUCAGAUGUUUCCCAGGAUCUUAUUGGAACCGUCGGAUCAGUUUUCGCUCAAGCGUUCAUUGCCAACGCCACUAAAAGCUUCCGUCACGUCAAACCGUUAGAGCAAGAGAAUGCUCUCUGGCCUGCCGCUUUCCGUCAUUUGAUGAUUCCUACUGCUCCCGCAGUCGCAUCAACUGUAGAAUCAACUAGUUCCGACGAUAAGAAGAAAUAUAAAAAAGGACCAAGAAAACAUGAAUGCGACCAUACAGAAGAAUCAUUCGAAUGCAUUCUCUGCUUCGAUCAGCGGUGUAUGAAGUGCAAAGGAGAAGCCGCGUUUUGUUACAAGGCUCUAGACAAUUUCCUAUAUGAAGUACGUCUGCAGCUGUAUCCACACACCUACCGUCCACACCUCGAUCGUGAUUUGCUCCGUGAAGAUCGCCUCAGCGACUACAUUCUUCGUCAUCAGUUUCAGCCAAUUGCAGAAGACUGA